GCGCAAGUAGUCGAAUUUCAAAAUAAUUAAAUAACUAAAUCAAAUGGAGAUUGAAAGCUAUUUCUUGUCAUAGUCUAAAAUUUAUCAGAAAGUGCUUCCAGAUAGAUAUGCUGUCAAGUGAUUGGCAAUGAGCUGCUUUUCAGUUUUCUUGACUUUCAAAAUUAAGCACUUUUUGGCACUUGUCACUUUGCUGUCGCUAGCAUUGCUUAUAUUGAACUUGACUAGCUUUAGACGUUUCAGCUCUGAAAUAAAUGCUGUUGAAUUUGAUGUCCAAAUUCCUACUAUUUUAUGGUGGACUCCUUUUACUGGUGAAAAUGGGGUGUUGAAAAAUUGUGACCUCGGUGACGAUUUCCAGGCAUCUUGCUUCUUCACCAACGAGAGAAAAUUAUAUCAACAAACUAAGGCUCUUCUCUUCUAUGGCAGCAGCUUCAAUGCUUGGGAAUUACCACCACGUAAUCCUAAGAGGAAAAGACCAUUGUGGGCUCUCUUACAUGAGGAAUCGCCUCGGAACACUGCCCUUUUGCAGCAUGAGAGUGCUUUGAGCCUUUUCAACUUUUCGGCCACCUUUAGUCGUCAUAGUGAUCUUCCGCUUACACUGCAACACCUCACAAGCUUAGAAGACCUUGUCGGCCACGAAUUUCUCCAGUCAUGGCAGUCAAAGGUUCAGUUCCAAAAGAAGGAGGGACUGGCUCCUGUGGUUUUCAUUCAGUCGGAUUGUGAUACUUCAACUGACAGAGAUAGCUAUGUUCGAGAGUUGAUGAAAUAUGUGAAAGUUGAUUCCUAUGGGUCCUGCCUUCAAAACAAAAUGCUUCCCGAGAGCAUUCGAGAUCCUAUGAGUGCCUUACAUAGUGAUGAAUUUUGGAGGUUCCAGUCAAAAUACAAGUUUUCAAUCGCCUUUGAGAAUGGAGAGUGCUUGGAUUAUAUCACCGAAAAGCUUUGGAGACCUUUAGUUAUUGGGUCUGUGCCUAUUUAUUACGGAUCGCCGACUUUCCAGGACUGGCUGCCAUUCAAAAACUCCACCAUAGAUGUCCGUGAUUACAAGUCUCCAAAGGAGCUAGCUGAGUUUAUUUUAAUGUUAGACUCUGAUGAAGAAAGGUACAACCAAUUUUUAGAGCAUAAGAGACAGAGCCCAGAACGAUUUUCAAGUGAAUUAUUGCUUCACAUGCUUGCCGAAAGAAAGUGGAGCGUUGGCGAAAAACUGUGGAACAAUUUUGAGACAAAGAGCCUAGUCGAAGUUUUUGAAUGCUACGUGUGCCAAAGAGUUCAUGAAAACUUGAAAGAAGGCGAGUCUGUUGUUAAAUUAAAUCAUUAUGAGUGCCCGCCACCAGUUUCCGCUCUAACAAAAACAACGUUGAAUAAUUCAUUUUGGUUUGAGCAGUGGCAUCAAGGGCAGUUUGAAGCUCAACUUGUCAAGGAACUUGUAGAGACUGGAAAAGUUGUUACUCAAGACGAGUUUUAUGAAAUCGUCGGCCAGAGAAUGGUUGCCAAAAGAAAGAAAAAAAAGUAAAUUCUUAUUGCAUUUUUAAUAAAGUUAUAU